AUGAUAGGCAGUGGAAUGCGCCAGGUCCGCCGGCGCAAACACUCCGACCCCAACGAGCGCAUCCCACCCGGCGUGGAAAAAGUGAUCUCACGUGGCUCCUGCCACAUUGGGAAACUGAACGACGCAAUGGUCCUAAAAUACGCCUCCGACUUCAACGACCUAGGCUAUCUAACAAGCAUCAAAGUCGAAAACCGCAUCCUCCAGAUCCUAGGCGUGCAUCCCCGAAUUGUCGAAUCAAAGGGCCUCGCCGAGGACGGUAUCAUCCUGAAGUACUACCCCAACGGCACGCUCCGCAGCUACAUUAAGAACCACCCCCAUGAGACCCUCGAUCGCCGCCUCGAAUGGUGCAAGCAGCUCGUCGACACACUCUCGUAUGUACACUCCAAUCGCGUCAUCCACUGCGAUAUCUGUCUGCACAAUGUUCUCCUCGACGAGAACUUCGACAUCGUCCUCGCCGAUUUCCAGGGUCUGGUUGUUGACAGCACGACCGGUGAAACCCUGCUUGAUGGAUUGACACGGGAGUGCUCGAAGUCGUACAUGCCGAGGGAGAAUGUUUAUUUCGCGAGUGUCCGGACUGAUCUCUUUGCUGUCGGAUCGGCUAUCUAUCAUCUUAUUGCUGGACAUGAGGUUUUUCCUGAAUUGGAUAGCAUUGAUGAUGAAAAGGUUAUCAAUGCCCGGUUUAUGAAUGAGGAGUUUCCGAAGAAUGACUAUGUCGCUAGUCCUAUUGUGGAGAAGUGCUGGAGAGGGGAGUAUGCGUCUGCUGCUGAGGUUUCCUUUGAUAUUGCCCUCGUUCAAGCUACUCUGAAAGCUGUUGAGGAGGCUAUGAAGAAUGAGGAGAAAGAAGAUGAGGAUGAAUCUGGGAACGAAGAUGCGGAGUAUGAGGAGGAGCAGAUGGAAGCUUUGUGA